UCUUUUUUCGCCAUUUCUUUUGUCAGAUAAAACAGAAGCAAACGGUAGGUACACGUUGACAAAUAAUAAAUACUUAAAAACCUCAUCUGUUUAACAAACAGACAGACUAACCUUUUGAGACGAGCCCUGGAAAGUGCACACGAGAUCUGUGAAUUUUUUUUUCCUCGUCAAACUCCAAGAAGCCUUUCUCCGAAGACGAAAGUGAUCCAAUUGAUUUGCUUUGUGCUGAAAGGACAGUUUUUGUUUCCCCAAUCUUGCACUCAAAUCGCAACGGAAUGAUCUCCACUGAGGAUUGCCUGCCCCCUAUCGACAAGAACGAGAACUGCAGGAUCGUACACGUAAAACAAAACCAAACAAAAACAUGUCAACUAAUGUUUGGGAUAUUACAGUUUUAGUACUACGAUCUGGUUAGUUAAUAUGUAUUUUUAGACAGUGGGGUUAACUAAAUAUGGCUUCCAGUCGACAAAAGGCACUGGUAUAUAAACAAUGUUAAACUUAACUGAUAAGACAAUACCAGCCAUCAACAUUUUCUUUCCCCCCCCAAUCAAAAUUUCAACCUAAUUGCAUCGCAUUAGGUCAUAGCCAGGAUAUGUGGUCAUUGCACACCGGCCAAUGAGGAUGAGCGAGGCUGUGGCUGAUCCUCAUCCUGACCACCUGUUCCAUCUUAAAGGUUUUCUGCAGAGGCAUGCUUAGAGAAGAGUGUGGAGGGAAAAAAGCAGCAGCCUGCUACAGAAAACAUGUCCUUAAAAAGAGAUCUGACGUUCAAGUAGUUGAAUUGUCUGUAGCCAGACUGAUUUUGCAGGAUGUCAAUGAGAACUCUCCCCCUGGUUUUUAUUAACCUUGGUGGGGAGAUGCUUUACAUACUGGACCAGCGCCUGCACGCUCACAGCACUUCUGAGGACAAGUCUGAGAAGGCUGCAGGAGUGUGGUCUGAAAAUGACAGAAAAAGAGUGAUGAACGACAUCGUCGGGACCAUGUUCAGUCAAGCCUUCAUGGAUGAAAUUCUGAAACCUCAGCUGUUGUAUUCACACAGGACGAUGAAAGUCGUCCUGACUCGCUUGGCGCACGUCUCGAUCAUGAAGUUGAAUGCGGUCAGCAUGGAGAAGCUCUACGAGCUGAUGCUCAUGGCCUUCAAGUAUCAAGUCUUCCUCUGUCCACGCCCGAAGGACUUGCUGCUCAUCUCGUACAAUCACAUCGACACCAUCAGGGGAUUUGUGAAAGACACCCCGGCAGUUCUCAACAAAGUGGACGAGACUCACAGAAAGAUCAUCGAGGUAGACCUGAUCCAGUCAAUCCAGAAAAUAUUCGAGACCCAUUUGCUGCCGGCUGGAAUAGUUGAAAAUCUGCGACAGAGAGGACAAAACAAAUUUAUUCUUAUCAAAACACAUCCAGACUGAUUAAAACACAAUUUUGAAGGUAUUUCUUAAUGCUUGUUUUCACUUGAACUUUUCUAAAAAGAGGUGAAGUGUGCUUGCUUCAAGCUCCCUGUUAACGUUUACUGUCAAAGUGACACAUUAAACUUCGAGGAAUCAAACGUAAACAGCCAAACGUUCGACCAAACCAUUUAAUUUUGGGUAACGGAAGACCACUAGCUUAAUGCUA